AUGUAUUUGGCCCCACAAUCACCACCUUUCUCUCAUCCUUCCACUUCGACCCAACGAAGGAUGCCCAUCGACGAGCCACACGAACAACCCCUGCCAAUGGAGUCCUUCGUCGACGAAUCUGAGGAAGAGCCAACGAUGAGCCCACAAUAUUUUCUAACUUCACUUGUAUCCCUGGCUUCCUUACAAAUAAAAACAACAAUGGCAAUUGUUCCAUGUCCUUGUAACCUAUCUACACUACCUCUCAGCCACAACGGCAAGUCCAUUAAAGCAAGGCGGCAGGUAAUGGUUGCAUUCUCUAUCACUGCCAUGUCGAGAUCAUCUACCAACUCGUACACUAAUAAAUCUGUAGUAAGUUAUACUACCGCUUCACCAAGGUCCACAUUGCCUCAAUUCUCUCCAAAUUCAUUGAAGUAUGAACAAGGUAAGGUGGGAGCUGUCCCAGAUGGUGUAUCUGAGUCGUCGCCAAUUAGUGCAAUGAAGUACUUGACUGACAUAUUAACGUCGAAAGUUUAUGAUGUCGCUGUGGAAUCGCCGUUGCAGCAUGCUCCAAAACUGUCCGAGAGGUUGGGUGUCGAUAUAUGGUUGAAGAGAGAAGAUGCACAACCGGUUUUCUCAUUCAAACUUCGUGGAGCAUAUAACAUGAUGGCAAAACUUCCAAAGGAACAGCUCGCACAAGGUGUCAUAUGUUCUUCAGCUGGUAAUCAUGCUCAAGGGGUUGCAUUAGCAGCCAAGACACUAGGCUGCGAUGCAGUGAUUGUUAUGCCAGUUACUACACCUCGGAUCAAGUGGGAGUCGGUUAAAAGAUUGGGCGCGACCGUUGUUCUUGAAGGGGACUCGUAUGAUGAAGCACAAGCAUAUGCCAAAAGAAGGGGCGUUUUUGAGAAUCGAACCUUUGUUCCUCCUUUUGAUCACCCAGAUGUAAUCACUGGUCAAGCAACGGUCGGAAUGGAGAUUUUGAGACAAUUGGAUGACCCAAUUCAUGCCAUAUUUGUGCCGGUAGGUGGUGGUGGCUUAAUAGCUGGUAUUGCUGCCUAUGCAAAGAGAGUUAGACCAGAGAUUCGGAUUAUUGGAGUUGAGCCUGCUGAUGCAAAUGCAAUGGCUUUGUCACUGCACCAUGGCCGACGGGUAAAGCUUGAUCAAGUAGGCGGCUUUGCAGACGGUGUGGCUGUGAAGGAGGUUGGUGUCGAGCCUUUCCGUCUAUGCAGAGAGUUGAUAGAUGGAAUAGUUCUUGUGAGCAAUGACGCUAUCUGCACAUCCAUAAAAGACAUGUUCGAGGAAAAAAGAAGCAUUCUUGAACCCGCAGGUGCUCUUGCCCUUGCUGGUGCAGAAGCAUAUUGUCGGUACUAUAACAUUAAAGAUGUAAAUAUUGUGGCCAUAACCAGUGGGGCCAAUAUGAACUUUGAUAGAUUGAAAAUGAUAACAGAGCUUGCAAACAUUACUAGGUUGCAAGAACCCAUGAUUACUACUUUCACACCAAAUGAGCCAAAAAAUAUCAAUAAGUUCUGCAAACAUGUAGGUACACGCCCACUAAAGCCCCACACUAGCUUGCUACAAGUAUCUAAGGUAUAAGAACAAAAGAGAAAACAAAAGUUUACUCCCAAGCUUCUUGAUGUGUUGAGGACUUUUAGCAAGUUGUUUUACAGCAGUAACUUGAGUUCAGGUAGUUGUGUGUUAAACUUACAAGAUGUAUAUAUAUAACUAUUUAUGUAUUCUGAUUGCAUUGUAGUAGAAAAAUGAGGAAAAAAUGUAAAAAUCAUCAUCAUAUUAUUAGUAACUAGCCAAACUGAAGCAUUCAUGUACUUUUCAUCUAAUAAAAGAAAUUCAUUUCUG